AUUUUUACUGCGACUGACGUGAACGGAAGAGGACAACGGAGCAAGGAUAUAUAAUAAGACUAUAUUUCUAAGUAUUUUACUUAAAGUUUAGUGAACCUUUCUUUUUAAAAAAACUUCCAUAGUAAUAAUCACCAAUCGGAAUUGAAACGUUUACAGCAAAUAGCAAUUAAUUAAUUCACAAUGUCAAAACAAGAACAGGGCGGUGGUGGAUCGAUACUCCAAUUCGCACCGUUUCAAAGCUCCGUUGACGAGGGUUUCUGGCACAGAUUAUCUUCCUUAAAACUCAACAAAUUUGGCAUCGACGAUUCUCCUAUCCCUAUCACUGGUUUUUAUGCGCCUUGUUCUCAUUCUCAAGUAUCAAAUCACUUGACUGUUCUAGCGGAAUCCUUGUCAUGUGAUGAAAGUGAGAGUGAGGAAUGUUCAAUUCAAGUACUUAGCAACAGAAACAGAUGUGCUGUCCCUGGCAUUCUUUACAAUACUAACACAUUAGAGGCUUACCAUUCCCUUGAUAAAAAGACCAUGCUCAAGAAGGAAGCAAAUAAGAUUUGGGAUGAUAUUCAUACUGGAAAAGCUGUGGAGGAUAGCUCAGUAUUAUGUAGGUUUGUUGUUGUCUCGUUUGCGGAUUUGAAAAAAUGGAGCUUUCAUUACUGCUUUGCUUUCCCUGCUCUUGUGCUUGAUCCGCCUGCUACCGUUGUUGACUUGAAGCCCGCUUCACAAUGCUUUACUGUACAAGAGGCACAGUCUCUGUUGGCAGCUUGUAAUGAUUGGCGUAACUCGAGCUUAACUGCCGAUGUUCCUUUCUUUUUGGUUUGCAUUGACUCCAAUUCUCAUGCUACUAUUAGGCAUCUCAACAACUGGGAGGCAUGCCAGAGUGAUGACCAAAAGGUGCUAUUUGGUUUUUAUGAUCCGUGUCAUCUUCCAAAUAAUCCUGGUUGGCCUCUCCGCAACUUCCUAGCACUGAUUUGUUCAAGAUGGAAUCCCAAAAUUGUCCGCUUUUUAUGCUAUAGAGAGAAUCGUGGUUUUGCAGAUCUGGGGUUGUCCCUUGUUGGCGAAGCCCUACUUACAUUACCACAAGGAUGGGCAGAUCCCCAGUGUGUGCCUAAUGCAGUAGGAUGGGAACUUAACAAAGGUAGACAAAUAUCCAGGGUUAUUCAUCUUGCUAAUUCCCUGGACCCAACAAGGCUGGCUGUAUCUGCAGCAGAUUUGAAUUUAAAACUAAUGAGAUGGCGUGCUUUGCCUUCCCUCAACUUGGAUAAGUUGUCCUCUAGUAAGUGUCUUCUCUUAGGAGCAGGUACACUUGGAUGCCAGGUUGCCCGCAUGCUUAUGUCUUGGGGCGUGCGGAGAAUUACACUACUGGACAAUGGCAGGGUGGCUAUGUCUAACCCACUAAGGCAGUCCCUAUACACGUUGGACAAUUGUCUCAAUGGAGGCGAUUUUAAAGCCAUGGCAGCUGUUGAAAGCCUUACGCGAAUAUUUCCUGCUGUGGAAGCAGAAGGUGUUGUGAUGGCUAUACCAAUGCCUGGACAUCCAGUGAGCAGCCAAGAAGAGGAAUCUGUGCUUGAAGAUUGUAGACGUCUGCAUGAUUUAGUUGAUUCUCACGAUGCAAUUUUUCUUUUGACUGAUACAAGAGAAAGCCGAUGGCUUCCUGCCCUCCUUUGUGCAAAUGCCAACAAGAUCACUAUAACUGCAGCUUUGGGGUUUGAUAGCUUCCUGGUUAUGCGGCAUGGCCCAGGUCCUCUUGGUUCAACUCAUGACCUAAAUACUGAAGCUGAUAAUGUAUUAGAUGCGGCUGUGGAUAACCUUGCUGUGGCUGAUAGACGAGGGCAGAGAUUGGGCUGUUACUUCUGCAAUGAUGUGGUUGCACCAACUGAUUCAACUGCUAAUCGCACUUUGGACCAGCAAUGCACCGUUACACGUCCAGGGCUUGCUCCGAUUGCUUCAUCUCUUGCAGUUGAACUUUUUGUCAACAUAUUGCAUCAUCCUGAUGGGAUAUUUGCAGAAGGUGAGAUUGCAGCAUCCAUUAACAGUGGAAGUGGUGAACAAGCUCUUGGUAUUUUGCCCCAUCAGAUACGAGGUUCUCUUCAUCAAUUUUCCCAAAUGACGCUUGUAGGCCAUGCUUCUAGUAGUUGCACUGCUUGCUGCAGCACUGUGGUAUCUGAAUAUCGGAAAAAUGGAAGGGAAUUCCUGCUCCAAGCGAUUAAUCAUCCUACUUAUCUGGAGGAUAUCACCGGACUCACAGAGUUGAUGAAGUCGGCUAGUUCUUUUCAACUGGAGUGGGAUAAUGAGGCAGAUGAUGAUUGUGUUGAACUUUAAAUUACUUGCUAUUUAGUAAUUGCUUAAGUUGUACAUUUAAUUGUAAAAAACAAUAUUCAGAUCAGCUAAGCAAUGCCAAAUUCUUCUCAGCAACUUUUGAUC